AUGAUGGACGAUUCGCGUACUGCAGGCGAUACGGAAACUUCCGUCAGCCGUGACGAUUCCUCAUCUGAUGUCGAGAAAACGUCACGCAAAUCCCGCCAAGCCACUUCUUCAUCGCCCCUCGACGAUGAAAUUACCUAUCCCGAGGGCGGCCGUGAUGCCUGGCUAGUAGUGAUUGGUGCGUGGUGUGGUUUAACGUCAUCACUGGGUAUCUACAACACAUCCGGGGUGUUUGAAGUCGUCAUGUCCAAAGUGAUCUUACCGAAAGCUUCUUCCUCGACGAUUGGUUGGAUUUUCUCCGUUUACGCCUUUGUGAAUUGGGUAUGUGGUGUACAGGUUGGGCCAACCUUUGAUGCAAUGGGUCCUCGUAAAUUGAUGACCGCGGGGACCAUUUGCACGCUGGUUGGCAUGUUCGCGCUUAGCGUAUGUACAGAGUACUACCAGAUUUUCUUGUCGUUCUCCAUCCUCACCGGAAUUGGCUCUUCUCUUCUCCUGACCCCGUCGAUGGGUUGUGUCGCUCAUUGGUUCAUGGAGCGUCGAGGCUUUGCAAGCGGUAUCGCAUUCAUAGGAGGAGGCUUUGGUGGGGUUUUGUUCCCCUUGAUGAUCCAAUCUCUACUACCUCAAGUCGGCUGGGGAUGGUCCAUUCGCAUUAUCGCCUUUGUGCUGCUUGUGCUUUGCGCUAUUAGCUUGGCAUUCUGCCGAAGCAGAAUUCCUCCCCGCAAAGGGGCAGAAACAACCUGGAGAGAUACAUUGCCGGACUACAAAAUCUUUCUCGAUGGAACAGGAGCCAUGGCUCUUACAACCCUUGGGGUAUUCCUGACCGAUUUGGCUUACUACAUUCCGAUCACCUACAUCCCACGUUACUACAUUGAUCGACAGCACCUUCCGGAUGAGGAUGUUCUUCAGGGAUCUUCAGCAUUUGCGUACCAGCUUCUCGCGAUUCUCAAUGCUGCUUCAUGUGUUGGCCGUUUUGUGGCAGGCGACAUGGCCGAUAGAUUUGGCCGAUACAAUACCAUGGUCGUCUCGCUAUUUUUAUGCGCAAUAUCUGUCUUUGGAUUCUGGAUACCAGACAUUCUUGUACCUGAUCUGGACAGCUACGUACUACUGAUACCAUCUUCAGUUUCACUCAAUAUGCAAGCACAGGCUUCGAGAUCAAAUAGCUGCGACCACUUUCAAAAUGCCCACUCCCGCUGGCGCGCCCUCACGCAGCGAGCUCCUUCCUCUCACUCCUCCUUCCUCUACGGCGUUAAAUCCACCAUGAUAUUCUGCCGCCCAACAUGUACGGCACGCCUUGCUCGAAGAGCGAAUGUUGUCUUCUAUGACACAGCAGAACAAGCGCAACGCGAUGGUUUCCGACCGUGCAAGAGAUGCCAACCGGAUGAUGCGAGCUUCCUUGGCGAGAGGCAGGAAGUUGUUACAAGGGUACUUGCACUUCUAAGGAUACAGCGGAAUGAUUCUUCGAUGAAGCGCAGCUUAAAAGAGUUGGCAGAAGAGGCUGGCGUCACGCCAAGUUAUCUUUGUCGCGUGUUUAAGAAGACUAUGGGGGUGACGAUCGGGGUCUACAUGAAGGAAUUUGAAAGGACCACAAACGAAAUCGAAAGGGAUAGCUCUGUUACCUCUAGCACGGAUAUAACUUAUUCGGAUUUGAGAACAGGACCUUUGACCACAGCCGAAACAGCCGAGAGCCCAAGUGGUGAAAUGGCAGAACAGAAUCUGGCAGUCUCUGCUGAGGCUCUGGACUUGAAUUUUGAUUUUGAUCAAUGGUUCUUGACCGGAGGCUUCAAUCAGGAAGAAUUCUGGAGUGAUGUCACAAUAAAUGACGACUUUAUGAACCCCAACAUAUUGAACAAUGGCGUUUACGAAUGUGCUGUUGAGGGCGGUUGA